AAAAAAGAUCAAUUAUUGAUGAAGUGUAAAAUAUACUUUAGAAUAUGUGAUGUGUUAUAUGUUGCAGUAUAUUGGUUGUUUGGAGGUGAAAGAAUCUAUGAGAGCCUUAGAUUUUGACACAAGAACAGCUCUUGCAAGAGAAGCUAUCAACAGAGUAAGUGAGGCUGCAGGACUGAAAACAGCAACAAAAAGGAAAAAGAUUGACAAGCGUAUAGGGAAAAUGUUGAGUGACACACCGUGUAUGAAGUAUGCAGGGUCAAAUGUCAAUCUUACAAUUACAGUAGACAGUAUUAACCUAAUGGUCAUGGAAUCAGGAGAG